AUGGCGGCAAGCAAUCGCACAGUGUUGCAGUUCUCUUCAUCUUCUUCCUCUUCUCAGAGCUUGUCCGCAAAGGUUCAUCCUCUUGUUAUCUUCAACAUCUGCGACUGUUACGUUCGUCGCCCUGAUCAAGCCGAACGCGUCAUUGGAACGCUUCUCGGAUCUGUUCUUCCCGAUGGAACCGUCGAUAUCCGUAAUUCCUAUGCCGUUCCUCACAACGAGUCUGUCGACCAGGUUGCUUUGGACAUAGAGUAUCACCAUAAUAUGUUAUUGUCCCAUCAAAAAGUGAACCAAAAGGAAAUCAUUGUUGGAUGGUAUUCAACCGGACUUGGAGUAACCGGUGGCAGUGCAUUGAUCCAUGAAUUUUAUUCUCGAGAAGUACCCAAUCCCAUACAUUUGACUGUUGAUACAGGAUUCACAACUGGAGGGAGUAUCAUAAAAGCUUACGUGUCAAACAAUUUAUCUCUUGGAGACAGGCAAAUUGCUGCACAGUUUCAAGAAAUUCCACUGGAUCUUCGUAUGGUUGAAGCUGAGCGAGUUGGAUAUGAUACCCUAAAGGCAACCACUGUCGACAAAAUUCCCUCUGAUUUAGAAGGCAUGGAAGCAUCAAUGGAACAUCUGCUAGCUUUGAUUGAUGACAUCUACAAAUAUGUUGAUGAUGUUGUGGAAGGACGAGUCACGCCAGACAACAAAAUAGGAAAAUUCAUAUCAGAUGCAGUAGGUUCCCUCCCCAAAUUGCCCCCAUCAGAUUUUGAUAAGCUUGUGAAUGACAGCUUGCAGGAUCACUUGCUCAUGCUAUAUUUAUCUAGCAUCACAAGAACUCAACUUAGCUUGGCAGAAAAAUUGAACACGGCUGCGCAGAUUUUGUAA